GAAUGUUUUUUCAUGAUCGUAUCCAUGGAUGUAAAAAAACAGUAUCAUUUUGUUUCGUAGCCUAUAUCAAUCCGCCGUGUGUUUGUGUUUUAAGUACUAAAUAGUGAAAAGAAAAAAAAGCCCAUUGCAUAAAGAUUUAUAAUUAAGAUUAAAUAAUGAAUCUACCACAAGGAGUGAUCGUACCAAUGGCGUCUUUGUAUGUUGGAGACUUGGACUUGGAGGUUACUGAAGCAAUGCUGUAUGAGAAGUUCGCCACCGUAGGGCAAGUAUUGUCUCUGAGAGUAUGCCGAGACACCAGAACCAAACAAUCCCUUGGCUAUGGUUAUGUUAACUUCAACCAGGCCAGCGAAGCGGAAAGGGCUCUCGAUACUAUGAAUUUUGAUCUUCUCAAGGGUAAACCCAUUAGAUUAAUGUGGUGCCAGAGAGAUCCCGGACUCAGAAAGUCCGGCGUGGGAAAUUGCUUUAUCAAAAAUCUUGAUAAAAGCAUCGACAAUAAGUCUCUCUAUGAUACAUUUUCCGCAUUCGGAAAUAUAUUGAGCUGCAAAGUAGCCCUUGAUGAAGAUGGUAAUUCCAAGGGUUAUGGCUUCAUUCACUUUGAAAACAACGAAUGCGCCAAUACUGCAAUCAGUAAGGUGAAUGGAAUGUUACUGAACAAAAAGAAGGUAUAUGUUGGAAAAUUUAUUCCGAGAAAUGAAAGGGAGAAAACUACCGGGGAGAAAACUAAGCACUUUACUAACAUAUAUGUAAAGAACUUUAACGAGAAAAUGACGGACCAGCAGUUUCACGCUCUGUUCGCCAAAUUUGGAAGGAUCACCAGCAGUGUGGUGAUGAAAAAUGCUGAUGGCAGAUCCAGAGGUUUCGGAUUCGUCGCCUUCGAGGAUCCCACUGCGGCCGAGACCGCGGUGAACGAAAUGAAUGGGAAAAAAAUCAACGGAGACAUACUCUACGUAGGUAGAGCUCAAAAGAAGAACGAGCGCGUCAAUGAAUUGAAGAAGCGCUACGAACAACUCAGAUUGGAGCGUUACAACCGUUUUCAGGGAGUUAACUUGUACAUAAAAAAUCUAGACGACUCAUUCAAUGACGAUAAACUACGCGUAGAGUUCUCGAAGUACGGUGAGAUCACUUCCGCUAAAGUAAUGAUGGAGAACGGCAGAAGCAAGGGUUUUGGAUUCGUUUGCUUCAACAGCCCCGAACAGGCCACCAAGGCUGUUUCCGAAAUGAACGGCAAAAUCGUUGGUUCCAAGCCGUUGUACGUUGGCUUGGCUCAAAGGAAGGAGGAUCGCAAAGCCUUCUUGAGCACCCAAUACAUGCAGAGAGUCAGACAGCAGAGCAUCAAUUUCCCGCCGUCCACGCCGCCGUUCAUUAUACCGGCGGUGGCCCAGACCGCGCCUAGAUUUUACAACCACAUGAACCCGCUAAACCAUCAUAUCCGUCCCGCACCGCGUUGGCAGGCACCCAACGGGAUUCGUCCGAACGGGACCUACAAUAUGCCGCCGAUGAUAUCGAGCGGCGCCCCGUUCCGUCAGACCAACCGGAAUGCCAUGCCCGUCAACAACGGACGGAACUCGAUGCACGCCAGGGCUAUCACCGGACAAACUCAUGCCGGCCGCCCAAACUGCAAAUAUUCCACCAAUUCUCCGAACCACAUCAUUAGAUCAAUGGCUAUGGCCACGGAUAAUGGAGGCGAUAAUAUCCCUGUCAACGCCACCACUUUGGCCAAUGCUUCGCCGCAAGAUCAGAAGCAGAUUUUGGGUGAGAGACUUUUCCGGGCUGUAGAGAAAUUAUAUCCUGAUAUGGCUGGAAAGAUCACUGGAAUGUUGCUGGAAAUCGAUAUUACAGAAUUGCUUCAUUUGUUGGAAAACAAUGAUUCUCUACAUGCUAGAGUGGAGGAGGCCAUUGCGGUCUUGCAAGCCCAUAAAGCCAAAAAAGGAAUGAUCUCCAUUCAAGAUUAGUAUUAUAAUGUAUUAAGUGUUCAUGUUGUUUUAAAUUGUUUUUAUGUUAUGAUUUAAAGAGUUUUUAGUUUAAUGAAAUGUUUAAGUAUCUUAGUCUGUACAACAUAUUAUAUACAUAAUUUUAGAAAAUUUGAAAAUCAGAAAAAUAUCCAUGUUUUAUAAUACAUGUCAAAUUCCCAGUGUAAUAAAUUAUAAAUAACUAAUUGUUUUAUUUGUC